AUGGCGACUCGAAUCUUCACUUCCAGUGCGGUACAUACAGCCCGUCGGGUGCAGUGCACCAAGACGAGGUCUCGCUCUCGUCGCUCUUCCUUCUCUUCGCCUUGCCUUGCCUCGAAGACUGGCGCCAGUUUCUUUCCGUGGAGCCUCCCUCACUCGUUUGCUCGCCCAACGUCUUCCACGCGACCUCCGCCUCCGCCUUCGUUUCCAACCACACCUUCCGGAACGGACUCUCCGGGCGAACCUCGGAGCUCGUGGUGUACCUUUCAAAUGCAUGCGAAACCUUGCGCGUAUCCGUCUUUGCUCUCGGCGCCUCUUCUCUCUGCGCGUCUGCGGCGAUCCGUCACGCGUUCCUGUCUGAAGGCCCUGGCGACGACGUCGCUGUGCCCCCCUCUGAGGGAGAUCAAGGCGUCCGCUGCAUCCGCUGCAUCCGCUGCAUCCGCUGCUCGGCCCACCACUCUCCCUUUCGCAUCUCCCUCGUCGACUCAUGCGCCCUGCCCGACGCUCCUCCUCUCGCCUUCCUGCAAUCUCCUCCUUGCGUCUUCUCCGUGCCCUCUCCUCCCCUCUCCUUGUGCGACUGCUUCCUCUCCUCCACCUGCUGCCUCUCCUCCACCUGCUGCCUCUCCUCCACCUGCUGCCUCUGCUGCCUCUGCUUCCUCUCCUCCACCUGCUUCCUCUCCUCCACCUGCUUCCUCUGCUUCCUCUGCUUCCUCUCCUCCACCUGCUUCCUCUGCUUCCUCUGCUUCCUCUCCUCCCGCUGUUGGCGCUGCUUCUGCGCCGUCGUCUGCGGAGACGCUGAAGGGCCCGCUGACAUGGGAGGAAUGGUGGCAUGUGUUUGGUUUCUGCGCGUUGCCCAUGGUAGCGUUUGGGGUGAUGGACCAGUUCAUCAUGAUUCGUUUGGGAGAGUUCGUCGACGCGACUCUGGGCGUGACGUUCGGCCUGGCGACGCUUUCGGCGGCCGCAGUCGGGCAGCUGUGCAGCGACACCGCAGGCGUCGUGUUUGGGAGCACAAUUGAAUCCGUCGCGCAGAGAGUGGGCGUCACCACCCCCCCGUUCGACAUCUACAGCAAGCGGGCGCCGUCCUCGACGCAGGUAGUACGGACGCUCGGCGCAGCGUGUGGAGUUGCGUUCGGCUGUCUCUUGGGGAUGAGUCAGCUGCUGUUCAUGGACUUGGAUCGCUCGGAGAGACUGAAGAAGCAGCAGCGACUCGACGCGAUCUUCCAGAUGGUCGUCCAAGACUGCCCCCAGCUGCUUGGCUGUGAGCGAGCAACGCUGUUCGUCUACGACAAGACUCGAAACGAGGUAUGGUCGAAGGCGAUCUUCGGCCUCGAACAUGCGACGCGAAUCGACAAGAACGCACAGGAAAAGUCUCUGACGACGUGGAUCCUCGAACACAAGCAACUGGUGAACUGUCCAGACGCCCGCAGCGACCCGCGCUUCAAUCCGCAGUUCGACGAAAAACACAAGGCAUGCACCAGGUCGAUUCUCGCCGCACCGGUCUUCGGCAAAGACGGAGACGUCAUCGCCGUCUUGACAUGCUUCAACAAACAGAGGAAGGGGAAAGAAGACGAACGGAAAGAAGACGAACGGAGAGAAGAGGGGAGAGAGAGACCGGAGAGAAGAGGGGAGCAACGGCCGCAGGAAGUACCGGCGGUGCAGAAGCAAGCGAAGAGUCGUGGAGAAACUGAAGACGCACUCGCGUUCACGGUGGAGGACGAGAAAGUGAUUCGUCUCUUGAGCAAGAACCUCGCGUUGUUCAUGGACACGUUCGACUACGGGGCAACUGAAGAUCAGAAGGUGAUUGCCCUUCCUUUCCAGGGAGAAGAAGACUCUGCUCUCGCAGCUCGCGCUGGGCCUUCUGCCGACGCGGUGCCGGCCGAGGCUGCAGCUGGGACUCCGCAAGGAAAUGCACGUUCGGAAGAGCAGAAAGGCGAAGCCUCCGCGAAACAGGGGGGGGGACUGGAGACACAGAAGCUGCAGGCUGAAGAAGAAGCAGAGGACCAAACGAGGAAGGAGAAGAAAGAAAAGAGAGAGGAAGAAGAGAAACGCAAGGUGGUGAAGGAGAAGUCCGCAGUAUCGGGCGAGGCCCUACUGAGGGCAAAACUGCUUUCUUGGUUCACUCGGAAACAGCCGGAGAAACCAAGUACUGAGGAAGCUGCACAGUCAGCGGACGCAGGGAAAACGGAGUCCGCGGCAACGAACUCGACGCGCGAAGAGGCUGUUCUCAUCUCGCGCUUCGACUUGCCACUGUUGGGCGCGCCUGUCCCCGAACCCAAAGAAGAACUGGAGAAACCGAAAAACCUGUUUUGGUGGACUGGGAAACGCGAGAAGAAGCCCCAAGAACCGAGUGUCUAGACAGCGGAACCUCGACGACAUACUCGAAAAACGCAAACACGACUCUGUUGCUUUCCGAGCUCUGUUGUUAGAGACUUGCAUCUCGUCUCUAGCUAAGGAGUGAGGAAGAGUUACUGUCGCUUCUUUCUCCCAUUCUGUUAGAGUUGCUGUCUCGUAUGGGGUGUGCUUUUCCCUUUGGCUUUUCUUUGG